AGGGAAGUAAAUACGCGUGUUGCCUACAGGUCGGAGAUCCAGAAGUAACAGCUGCCUACAUUCAUUUAUCAAUGUUGCGGAAACAAUUUCAUUCAUGAAUACCGAGGUGACAGUGUUGUACUUCGCAAAAAGUGCUGAGCUGACGGGAAUCAAAUCGGAGACGAUCAGGGUUCCCUCGGAACUGACGACACUCGACCUCUGGCUAGACCUUGUCAGCAGACACCCCAGACUGUCGACUGUGCGUGAAUCUGUAGUUUUGGCGGUGCGUCAGGAAUACGUGGCCGUUGGGGAACUGCGUGUUAGCUUGCGGGAAGGUGACGAGGUUGCUGUCAUUCCACCUCUUAGUGGAGGAUAACCAGAAUUAAUUCAGAGAUGGCUGAGAAGGACCCCACUGACCUGGUUGAAUUGACCCAUGACAAACUGUCUGUAGAGGCAGUAUCAGAAUUGGUCACCUGCCCAUCAUGUGGAGCCAUCUCCAUUUUCAUAGGGACAACAAGGGACAGUUUUGAGGAGAAGAAGGUAGUUCAGCUGGAGUAUGAAGCCUACGUCCCCAUGGCCCAAUCAGAACUCAAGAAGAUAUACGCAGACAUCAGGGCAAGAUGGCCGACUAUCAGGCACAUCUGUGUUCAUCAUCGACUAGGGGUGGUGCCAGUGACGGAUGCUAGUGUGAUCAUCGGGAUCUCGUCUCCUCACAGAAGGGAUUCUCUGGAAGCUGUGCAGUACUGUAUAGACAAGCUGAAAGCCACCGUGCCAAUAUGGAAGAAGGAGGUGUAUGAAGAGGAGUCCUGUUGGAAAGAGAACAUGGAGUGCCAGUGGACAGGACAAAGUUAAACUUUAACCUCAACCGGACGUUUUCUAAGACAUCUUCAGUGACACACACACAAAAUCAGUAUUUGAUGUUGCCCAUAACAAUUCAAAAAUAAAAGGCAUUUAUUUCUUUAUGUACGUAAAGAUUUAAUGAAAUUAAAUUCCCAAUCAACAUAUUUACAACACUUUUUAAAAUCAAAGCCAGUGAACAAUAAAUGUCAUUAUGC